AUGACUGCCCCAGCGUACCUAGGCGCAGCACUGUGCUAUGAUGAAGCACAUGUGGGACUUUACAAAAGUGCCUGCCUAGGCGUGAACGAGAUUGGGAACGCUUGGCAGAUAUAUGGAAGGGAGUUCGACUGCACGGGAAUAUUAAUGUACAAUUUCUACCUUGCUCUCGUGGAUGGCGGCGAGACCGAGCAAUGUGUCUGCAAGUUUGAGAAUACAGGCACAGAGUGGGCGUUCUCAACCCAAUGGGGACCGUGCAACGGGGCUUGUGUGGGCACCUACACCUGCGACGGAAACACGCCAGUUGUUGUCAGCGACAGCAAUACCGAAGUCGGCAAACGCGCCACUCCCUCUAAUGCAACCAAUUCUACUCCGACCUCUCUUGCCCUACCGCUCACCAUCAGUUGGAAGGCAAUGCUGUGCGUCGCAACGAUGAUGCUGUUCAAUGGGAUCGCAUGA